ACCUACACCAUGAAUGUAUUGUCGGAUAUAAUCUGAGACAACUACACCCCGAGAUGGUCUCUGAAACUUUAAGCACUGAAGUAUUCUGGGAUAUACCAGAAGAAAUGCAACGGAAUGACGAAGCUUGCCUUGCAGCAGUUGAACUACUAAAACUAAUCAAAAAUCCUCAAACAC